CUACGGUUGGUAAAACCGAUUUAACCUAAAAACGUCAAUAUCGCUUGGUUAUAAAGCGAAUUGUUUAAUUUUUGUGCUUAAAUGGCUACUUCAAAGACCACAAACACAUACAACAGACAAAAUUGGGAGGAUGCGGACUUCCCGAUUUUGUGUCAGACAUGUUUGGGCGACAAUCCCUACAUUCGAAUGACCAAAGAAAAGUAUGGCAAGGAGUGUAAAAUAUGUGCGCGUCCUUUCACAGUGUUCCGUUGGUGUCCAGGAGCUCGUAUGCGUUUUAAAAAAACUGAGGUCUGCCAGACUUGUGCCAAGUUGAAAAAUGUGUGUCAGACUUGCUUGUUGGACUUGGAGUAUGGUUUGCCUAUCCAAGUGCGUGAUGCUGCUCUUAAAAUGAAGGAUGACCUCCCCAAAAGUGAUGUCAACAAAGAGUAUUACAUUCAGAAUAUGGAAAGAGAGUUACAGAGAUCUGAUCCUGGAUCGAUGAACGCAAAAUUGAACGAGCCGAAUGAUCUAUUGAUGCGGCUGGCGCGAACCGCCCCAUAUUACAAAAGAAACAGACCGCACGUGUGUUCGUUUUGGGUGAAGGGUGAAUGCAGAAGAGGCGAGGAAUGUCCAUAUCGUCACGAAAAACCAACCGAUCCGGAUGACCCACUCGCGGAUCAGAACAUAAAAGAUCGUUAUUACGGUAUCAACGAUCCGGUGGCAGAUAAGUUACUGAAAAGGGCCGCCGCCAUGCCGGCACUGCCUCCUCCCGAAGACAAGACCAUUACCACGUUGUACAUCGGAAAUUUGGGCACGCUGACCGAACAAGACAUCAGAGAUCAUUUCUAUCAAUACGGGGAGAUCCGAUCGGUCAGUCUGGUUCCAAAACAGCAAUGCGCCUUUGUGCAGUACACUACAAGGGCAGCUGCUGAAACUGCAGCCGAAAAGACAUUUAACAAAUUGAUUUUGGGUGGCAGACGGUUGACAAUUAAAUGGGGAAGGUCACAGGGCAGAUCUGGACCAUCUAUUGUGGGUCAUGUGGGCGAUGCUUACGAACCCGUACCCGGACUUCCGGGUGCAUUGCCCGAACUCAGCAACAACUUCUUUAAUUUAGAACCUGGACACAUUCCGUUACCAAACAUGCCUCCACCACCGUCUUUAAUGGUACCGCCAUUGUUUGGUCCACCUCCAAUUCCUCCGUUCUUUUUCAAUCCGCCUCAACUUCCUAAUUUUGCGGCACCAUCGACAGCAACAGCAAGUACCAGCACAAGUACCAGCGAGACUACUGCUAAACCUACUGUCCAUUAUCCUAGCCAGGACCCUUCAAGGUUAGGAGCGACCCAAUUGCAUGCAGAUCGGCAGGAAUAACAAGAAUGGAUUGAGACGACUUUUUAGGCAUUUUAAUGUAUUGAGAACGUGCCUUGGAAUCAAGGUUUUGAGUAGAUUUACUUCAUUGUUUUAUGUGUAAUUAUAACAUUAUAUAAUUACGAUUUUGUACAUCAAGAAAGUCGUUAGUUUAUAAAAAUAAAUCAAUAUCUAAUAACAGUAAA